UAUACACCCCCCUUAAUACGGUGCGCCACCCGCAGCUGCGAGUGUGACUACAUUUGGAGCGACUCACGGUGGUGAAGGACCAGUGGGGAGGGACCGCCGGGCUGGGGAAGGCACACGGCUCGCUGUGCAUUCUUCCAGGGCAAAGUGGGACAGACUGCCUCCCAACCCUAUCAGCAAAGCGAGAGGUCAUUGGGUCUGAUGGAAUCUGAAUUUUAUUGGAAGAAAGUCUGGCUCCUGUUUUUUUUUUACCUCAGCUGAUAAGCGGAGAAAGAGCAUCCAAUCUCCUGAUUGUCCCUAAAUGCUUUGCAAUCAUUUUGGGAGCAGAGUAUCGUCUGAAUCCUUCUGAGGGACACGGACGUCAUGGAGAACCCGGUCCUGGAGCCCAGAGCAGAGCGGAUCGCCCGCUACAAAGCUGAGAGGAGGCGAGAGCUGGCCGAACGCUACGGCAACAUGGAGGAGCUUCCUUCCAAGUGGGUGAGGAGGGAUGGGAAGGAGGAGCACGAGCCGGCGAGCCGACCCCGCGGGGGGCCGUUGAACUCGGACGGCCUCAGUGAACGAGUUAACGGCCGAACGCAAGAGGUUACGAACGGAUUAGAGGCCGAAGCCGGCUACCAGAGAAGGCAGGGUUGCCAGGACUCUGUCGGCAUGCUUAGUGGGGAGGAGGAGCACUUUGUCCCUCUUGGUCCCGACGCCCCGCAGCUCCGCACUCGGGUGUCGGUGGGCCAGUUGAGAAGUGCCCUCCUGCAGCAGACGGAGAGCGGAGCGCAGCCUGAGAAAGCCUGCCCCGACGCUGGGCGAGCCACGUCCUCUCUGGACCUGGCUGUGAAGCCGGGCUCUGAGGCGGGCCGGCGGCGCACCCGGCGAUACUACCCUGGAGGUCCAAGCGGUGGUCGCAAAAACAGCGAACGCUUCAGGACCCAGCCAAUCACAGCCAAUGAGAUGGAGGAGAGCAGCGGGCUCUUGGGUGGAGAGGAGGAGGAGGACAGUAAAGGGGACGUGAAAACUGACGACCGAGCCAAAAUGAGCGUGGCAGCCAAGAUGUCUUUGUUCAAAGAGCUGGAGAAGUCCGCUGUCUCCGAGGCCCCGGGCUUCCUGAAGCCUCGCGCGGGCGCCGUCUGCCACGAACGCAGGGCGCGACGCAGCAACGACCACCGCUUUCUGACUCAGCCGAUCACCUGCGAGGAAAUGGUGGCAAUAAGUGCCCCCAAACCCGCUCCUCCUCAGGCGGAAGCUCAGCCUGUGCAGGCCGAGUCGGCGGAGGACGGGGACGAGAGCUGCAAGCUGAGCAUGAGUGAGAAGCUGGCCCUCUUCAACCAACUGUCUCUGCCUUCGAGGCAGGGGGGGGCCCCUGCUGAAGGGCCCCCGGAGAGACGGAGGCAGAAGGGGGCUCGGUACCGCACGCAGCCCAUCACCGUGGAGGAGGUCAGCAUGCUCCAGAAAGGCCCCGUUCAGCUUCCUGCCUUCGAUUUGUCCCCACAUCUGUCCAGCAUCCAGCAGGCCUCGUCUGUCAACCUCAAACCCAGCGAGGUUCGUCUUUCUCAGCCAAAACCAGAGGCCGUCCCCGCAGUCACAGCCGCAGAGCCCGGUCCGGCGCAGCUUGACGCCUCGGAGCAAGGCCUGAAAGGGAUCCUGAAGAAGAGCAGUUCUGCAGGCUCGGAGUGGAGCAAGGCCGAGGACAGUGAGACGGACGCGCCUUUCAGGCCCGAGCAGAACGGCGGAGGCUGCGGAGAAGCGGCGGCGCUGCGCAGGAGGGUGGAGGGGAGCGAGAGGCAGGAGUUGUCUGCGCCGCCUCGGAGAGCGAGAGCCUCAGGUGUGGAGGGAGGCUUGGUAACGGCUGUUCCCUGGAGGCAGAGGGCUAGGAACAGGAGGGAAACCAUCGCCUGCACGCCUGUAAGAGCAUCAUCAGAGUCGGACGCUUCUUGGGAGGAGAGGUCCCGCUGCACCAGAAACGGCUCCAAGCAAGAGGAAGAGCAAGGUGGUGCGGUAGACGAUGAAGCAACAGGACUUGCUCAGGUCAAUGCAAUAGAUAAAACGGCUGACGUGCAGGAGACCGGCAGAGGCAAGGAGGAGUCAGAAAAGCCUCAGUGCUGGGAGCCCGUGUUUGCCUCUGUCUAUUCUAGCAUUACGCCCCAAUAUAUCAUGUCUUUCAAUCAGAACAAUCUGUCCUUCGAGGUGCAAGAAGUCUCUUCUCCUACGAAGAACCAGCCUCACUGGGGACAGAAGGCUAAAGGAGCUGAGCCCGAGUCUGAGAUGUUGGAAGCUGAAGAAAUGAAUACGCAGCAGGAGAGGAGAGAGCAGGAGGCUGGACGCAUGGCCAAGAGGAGUCUCGGAUCUCCUGAGUCAGACAGAAAUGAUGUCUGUCAUAACAAGAAACACUCCACAGAAGCUCUGACAUGCACAUAUGAAGCAGAUACCUCCACCCAGCCUGUGAUGGAGUUUGAAGAUCCGCAGAGCGCCUCCCUCCCAGUGGCUCCUCGGGAAGCGAAAGAGGACCAAGGUUUCUUCUGCGAGCAGCGGCCGCCUCCUUCCACCCGCUCCCCCCCACCGUGCAAGGGUGUUGCUGUCACGGAUGGCGAACAGGACCUGGGUGUCCUCUGCCAGACCAACACACCCAUACUGUCCUCAGCGGUAGCAGAACACAGGCGGUCCGUGCGUCCAUCCCGUCGGACUCAGGGCUCCAGAAACCCUCUGAGGGCUCUGGCCGCCAGGGAGGACAUCAGGCAGGACUACAUGGGGGAGAGGGUCAGCACAUCUGCUGAUGAGAGGGUCCAAACUGAGAUCAAGUCUAAGAACUCCUCCAGGUCAGACGACGUCGUUUCUUCCUCCGAUGCAGAGACAAACAGGUCUCACCCUCCCUUCAGCAGCCUGAUGCUCAUCCACAUCAAAGGUAGGCAGCAUGUCCAGGUGCGCCUGGUGGAGCCCUCAGUGCGGUCGCUGAACAGCGGAGACUGCUUCCUGCUGGUCACUGCCGAGCACUGCAUCCUGUGGAGUGGAGAGUUCGCAAAUGAACAGGAAAAAGCCAAGGCCAUGGAGCUGGCAACGUUCAUCCAGAGGCAGAAGGAUCUUGGCUGCGUGGCCUCCCAGGUCGUCCACCUGGAGGAGGGGCUGAACUCGGACAGUGGCGUGGCUGCGGACUUCUGGAGUCUUCUGGGAGGACGAGCACAGUACAGGGGAGCUGGUGCAUCGGAGGAGGAUGAGCUCUACGAGCACGGCGUGGUGGAGUCCAACUGUGUGUACAGACUGGUGGAGAACAGACUGGUGCCCCAUGAGCAGGCCUGGGCCUCCAUCCCCAGCACCUCCCUGCUGGGCUCCUCUGAGGCCCUGGUGUUUGAUUUCGGCAGCGAGGUCUAUCUGUGGCACGGACGGGAUGUUUCCCCCGGGAGGAGAAACGUUGCUCUCCAGCUGACUAACCAAGUGUGGGUUGGACCUUAUGACUACAGCAACUGUCGAGUCAACCCACUGGAUCCUGCUCAGUGUAACCCCAGCAUUAAGCUGUGUGGAGAGGGCCGUCCCGGCUGGGCUGUGUUCGGCGUCCUCUCUCAGCAUAGCGAGACGGCUCUGUUCAGGGAGAAGUUCCUGGACUGGAUGGGCAGGAGUGAGGACAAGGAGGAAGCUGUCCCAGUGCAGAUUGAGACCCAGUCCAUCCCAACUCAGUCGUCCCAGCCCGUUUCCCCAUCGUCUGACCCCCUGAGUCCCUGCGAUGCCAAAUCUCUAGUGUCAGGUCAGUCGUUGGAUGGGGACGCUUCGGUCCGUACCGUUUUGGCCGGGGUCGAUGUCAAGAGAGGCCACGGUGUCAUCACGCUGGAGGAAGGGCGUCAGAUGGAGCUGAAAACUGUAACAGUGGACACCUGGCACGUCCAGGAGUUUGACGACAGUGAGAUCCCAGUGGAGAGCACGGGACAGCUCCACGAAGGAGACUCCUAUGUCAUCCGCUGGACGUACAGCAUGCACACCGCUGGAAACACAAAGAGCUCAGAUGAGCGCGGCAGUGGGGACGCAUCGCAAGAGAACACCGCCUUCUUCUUGUGGCGAGGCCGGCACUCCAGCGUCAGUGGACGGGACACAGCAGCCUUCCUGUCCAUUGGUAUGAACAACCAUGAAGAGUCACAGGUGGUCGUACCUCAGGGAAAGGAGCCCCCCUGUUUCCUGCAGCUUUUCCAGGGAGGUCUGGUCAUUCACAAGGGAAAAAGAGAUGAAGCGUCUUCUACUGCAGCAGGCUGGCGUCUGUUCUGUGUACGAGGUGAGCUCCCAGAGGAGGGGCUGCUGUUAGAGGUGGACUGCUGCUGUCCAAGUCUGAGGUCGCGGGGCUCUGUUGUUCUGCUGAAUAGCCAGCAGGGGGUGCUGUAUCUCUGGACUGGUUGUAAAGCCCACAGCAGCACCAGAGAAGUGAGCAAGAGGGUGGUGGAGCGCCUCACUCAAAUGUGUCCACCAGAGCUGAGUCUCAGCAGCAGCAGCCCUGUGAAGGUGCAGGUCGUGGAGGAAGGUUCAGAGCCUGCGGACUUCUGGACUGCACUGGGACAGAUGGACAGGAAGGCCUAUGACUGCAUGCUGCAAGAUCCAGGGAAGUAUAACUUCACACCUCGCCUCUUCCACCUGAGUGCCUCCUCUGGGACUUUUAAGGCCAAGGAGCUCCAGAGCCCAACACGGCUGCCAGGGCUCGUGAUGGCGAUGCCCUUCGUCCAGGAGAGUCUGUACUCUGCACCACAACCAGCCUUGUUCCUGCUCGACAACCGCCUGGAGGUCUACUUGUGGCAGAGGGGACAGCCGGAGCCGACAGAGAGCUCAGACUCAACGUGGAGCCUCUGGCAUAAUGAGAGAAAGUGCGCCAUGCAGACUGCGCUGCAGUACUGCAAAGAGAUGAACCAGAGAAGGCCGCCGCAGGCCUACCUCAUCUUUGAGGGGUUGGAGCCUCUCACCUUCACUAAUGUUUUCCCCCGCUGGGAGAAAAGCCUGGAACCACGACCACAGGGUGAUGAAGGAUGCGUGAAGCUGACCUUGGUGCAGGACGCCCUGGCCCAGCUCAUGAAGACCCAGUACCCUCUGGAAGAGCUGCUGCAGAGCCCCUUACCUGAAGGAGUGGACCCCCAGCACCUGGAGGUCUACCUGUCUGACCAGGACUUCCAGACUAUUUUGGAAAUGAAGAGAGAUGAAUAUGCCUCCCUCCCGAGCUGGAAGCAAAUUGAUCUGAAGAAAAGCAAAGGGCUGUUGGGUUAGACAUCAAGAGGAGGCCGACUGAUGCUCCACUGGUGGGAACUUCCUCCUGUGCUGAGGGAGCGAGAUGGCAUGGAGGAUAUUAGCACCGUGUGGCUGCACAAAAAGACUGCUCACGACGUAAUAAAAAGAAGAAGAAAAAGAAUCACUUUUAUUUAUGUCAGAUUAGUACGAGUGUGUGGACUUUUUAAUGGACAUGGAUUUCUCUGUAGCUACCGUUCGGUUCAGAGCAACAACAACGAGACAUUUUCCUAUGAAAUGUAAUUUUAUCUGUACAAAUCAGCAAAAGAGAAAAAAAAUUGUAUGAAGGAGUAAAGGAGCAACAUCAGUGACAAAUUGUGGGAAAGCAAAGGAGGUAAAUGCUAAUAAACAAUGUUAACAUACAAAAAACGACAAA